AUGGCGUCCAAACCGAUCUUCCCCUGCGUCGUCCUCCUGAUCGCUGUCGCCACCGCGGCAACCACACCGGCAUCCGCGGCCGGAGCGAACCCCAUCGCCAUCGGCGGCGGCUCCAACGAGACCGCGACGUGCGUGCCGACCCUUCAGCGGCUACUUUCGUGCCUGGACUUCAUCGAGCACCGCACCGACGCGAUCCCGCUGCCCUGCUGCGUCCAGGUGAACACGACGGUGGCCCAGCAGCCGUGCUGCCUCAUGCACGUCCUGCGCGGCGACGUCGCGCGGCUCAUGGGGCCGCAGUUCGACAGCACCCGCGCUAUGGUUAACGUCACCUCCAAGUGCCUCGGCGACGGCUCGAUCCUCAUGUCCAUCACUCGUUCCUGCGCAGGUUCGUGA